AUGCGUCGCUUUGAUGACCUUUUCGAUAAUCAGAGGAACAUCAACAACUUACACAGCUCAUUUCUUUCUUUCUUUCUUUCUUUCUUUCUUUUUUCUUUAUUUAUUUACUUCAUUCUUUCUUUUUUCUUCACUUCUUUAUUUACUUCUUGUUUUUCUUUCUUUCUUUCUUUCUGCUUUUCAUUCUUUCUUUUAUUUUCCUUUCUUUCUGCUUUUCUUUCUUUUAUUUUUCUUUCUUUCUUUCUUUCUUUAUUUAUUUCUGCUUUUCUUUCGUUUUUCUUUUAUUUUUCUUUCUUUCUUUCUUUCUUUCUUUCUUUUUUCUGCUUUUCUUUCUUUCCUUCUUUCUUUCUGCUUUUCUUUCUUUCUUUCUGCUUUUCUUUCUUUCUGCUUUUCUUUCUUUCUUUCUUUCUUUCUUUCUUUCUGCUUUUCUUUCUUUUUUCUUUUAUUUUUCUUUCUUUCUUUCUUUCUUUUCUUUUCUUUCUUUCUUUUCUUCUUUCUUCUUUGCUUUUCUUUCUUUCUUUCUGCUUUUCUUUCUUUUCUUUUCUUUUUUUUUUCUUUCUUUCUGCUUUUCUUUCUUUCUUUUAUUUUUCUUUCUUUCUGCUUUUCUUUCUUUUAUUUUCCUUUCUUUCUUUCUUACUUUAUUUAUUUCUGCUUUUCUUUCUUUCUUUUAUUUUUCUUUAUUUCUGUUUUUCUUUCUUUUAUUUUUUUUUUUUUCUUUCUUUCUUUCUUUCUUUCUUUUUUCUUUCUUUAUUUCUUUGUCAUUCUUUCUUUCUUGGGCUGAGGACCACGCUACUUUUUUCUUUCUUUCUUUCUUUCUUUCUUUCUUUCUUUCUUUCUUUGUCAUUCAAAUCCUUUCUACGUUGUUUGUUUGUUUCCUUUUUAUUAUGUCGUUUUCUUUUUCUUCUAUUUAUAGUGCCCUUCCUACCUUUCUUCCCUUCUUUCAUUCUUUCUUCUUUUAUUUUAAUUUUCUCUCUUUCAUUUGUUUUCUUUCUUUCAUUCAUUUAUUCUUCUUUCUUUAACUCUCCUUUAUCCUUCUUCUUCUUCUUCUUCUUCUUCUUCUUCUUCUUCUUCUUCUUACCUGACUUCUUUUAA